AUGGACAGAAAACGUGGAAGUAUAGUUCCUGCCAUCCAUAAAGCAGUGGCAGACAGUCUCAAAGCUAACAGUGUUACUGUAGAAGAGAAUGAGGUCGAAAGAGAGACGCAGAGAAAGAGAAGAAGAAAGAAGCAAAGAAGUAGUAGUGCUGAUGGAUCCGCUCCGCUGAACUCUGCACCUCGACAUGUUCAGAAGUUUGAUUGGAAGGAUAUGCUCCACUUGGCAGAUAUUUCUGGACGAAAGAGAGGAAAUUCUACAACAAGUCAUUCUGGACAUGCAACAAGAGCCGGUUCUUUGAAAGGGAAAAACUGGAUAGAAUGUCGUCUGAAAAUGAGACAAUGUUCCUACUUUGUCCCAUCUCAAAGAUUCUCGGAACGAUGUGGAUGUGGAAAAGACAAAUCGAAACAUUCGGAUGAAGUUAUCGAGAGAAGUCAAGGAAAAGGACAUCCAUUGAAUCAUUUAACACUUCCUGGAAUUCAAGAAGUCGAUACAACCGAUGCAGAUGGUGAUGGAAAUGAGGUAAGAGUUUAUAUUUAUAUACUUUCUAUAAAUAGAAAGUUGAACAUUCCUUCCAUUAAUUUAAGAACUUAUACCAGGAAAAAGUUAAUUCAGGUCAACUUGGCUCCUGGUCGUUGGUCAAUUCAAACUCACACAGAAGUUAUGCCAACCGAUUCUUAUGGAAAUAUUGUCUUCGAAGGAACUGCUCAUCAUGCUCAAUACGCUCGUGUCAGUUUUGAUACAGAUCCAAGAGAUAUUGUGCAUUUAAUGAUGAAAGUGUGGAAGUUAAGACCGCCGAAAUUGAUCAUCACAAUUAAUGGAGGACUGACCAAAUUCGAUCUGCAACCAAAAUUGGCACGGACGUUCCGAAAAGGAAUCAUGAAGAUUGCAAAGUCAACAGACGCUUGGAUUAUAACUUCUGGGUUGGAUGAAGGCGUUGUUAGACAUUUGGAUUCUGCACUGCAUGAUCAAGGAAAUCAUCAUGCGGCAAAGAAACAACACGUAGCGAUCGGAAUCGCAUCAUGGGGAAUGUUGAAACAAAGAAAUCGAUUUUCUGGAAAAGAUUCUACAGUAACCUAUGCAACGAAUGUAUUCAACAAUACAAGAUUGAAAGAACUCAAUGAUAAUCAUUCAUACUUCUUGUUUUCCGAUAACGGAACUGUUAAUCGAUAUGGUGCUGAAAUUAUCCUACGGAAACGUUUGGAGACAUAUUUGGCUCAAGGCGACAAGAAAAGAAGUGCAAUCCCACUGAUUUGUGUCGUAUUAGAAGGAGGCGCAUUCACUAUUAAAAUGGUUCAUGAUUAUGUGACAACAAUCCCUCGAAUCCCUGUAAUCGUUUGUGAUGGAAGUGGAAGAGCAGCUGAUAUUCUCGCUUUUGCUCAUCAGACGGUUUCUCAGAAUGGCUUCCUAUCAGAUAACAUUAGAAAUCAAUUGGUUAAUAUUAUUCGACGAGUAUUUGGAUACGAUCCAAAAACUGCGCAAAAAAUGAUCAAGCAGAUUGUGGAAUGCACUACGAACAAAUCAUUGGUAUGUUUCAGGAAUCAACAUCUAUCCAGGGAUAUGACCAUCUUCCGAUUCGGCGAAUCCUCACGUGAAGAUUUGGAUCAUGCAAUCAUGUCAUGUCUUCUAAAAGGCCAGAAUUUGUCACCUCCAGAGCAACUUCAAUUGGCACUCGCUUGGAAUAGAGCAGAUAUUGCACGAACUGAAAUAUUUGCAAAUGGAACAGAAUGGACGACUCAAGACUUGCAUAAUGCGAUGAUUGAAGCUCUCUCAAAUGAUCGUAUUGACUUUGUUCAUCUACUUUUGGAAAAUGGAGUCUCAAUGCAGAAAUUUUUGACUUAUGGAAGAUUGGAACAUCUUUAUAAUACAGAAAAAGGACCACAGAAUACGUUGAGAACCAAUUUAUUGGUGGAUUCAAAGCAUCGUAUUAAGUUGUUAGAAGUUGGAAGACUGGUCGAAGAUUUGAUGGGAAACCUUUACAAAUCAAACUAUACAAAAGAGGAGUUCAAAAAUCAAUACUUUUUGUUCAAUAAUCGGAAACAAUUCGGAAAACGUGUGGAUAAUAGUAAUGGUGGUAGAGACGACGUCAUCGGACCAUCUGGAGAUGCUGGACGAGAACGAAUGUCUUCAAUGCAAAUCAGUUUGAUUAAUAAUGCAAGAAACUCCAUUAUUUCACUUUUCGGUGGUGGAGGAAAACGAAGAGAUUCAGAUGAUGAGGAAGAAUUUUCAAAUUUGGAAGAAGAAGCGAACAUGGACUUUACAUUCCGUUAUCCCUACAGUGAUUUAAUGAUAUGGGCUGUGUUGACGAAAAGGCAAAAAAUGGCAAAACUGAUGUGGACCCAUGGAGAAGAAGGAAUGGCUAAAUCACUUGUUGCCAGUCGCCUAUACAUGUCACUUGCUAGAACUGCUUCGUUGGCAACAGGAGAAAUCGGUAUGAGUCAGGAUUUCACAGAAUUCAGCGACGAAUUUUCCGAUUUGGCAGUAGAAGUUCUCGAGUACUGUACCAAACACAGUCGUGACCAGACUCUCCGUUUAUUGACUUGUGAAUUGAACAACUGGGGAGAUGAAACUUGUCUCUCGUUAGCUGCAAAAAAUGGACAUCGAAAGUUUUUGGCACAUCCAUGUUGCCAAAUGCUUUUAUCUGAUCUCUGGCAAGGAGGUCUUCUAAUGAAAAACAAUCAGAACUCAAAAGUUUUGGCUUGUUUGGCAGUUCCGCCACUCAUUUUCUUGCUUGGAUUCAAGACGAAAGAGCAGUUGAUGCUCCAACCAAAAACAGCCGCUGAGCAUGAUGAAGAAAUGUCCGAUUCUGAAAUGAACAGUGCCGAAGAAACCGAAACUUCCUCGGAUAGUGAUUCAGAUUCUGAUGAGUCUGAUGAAGAUGGAGCGAAAAAUAGAGCUCAGAGUUUGGGAGCAGAUCAGCCAUUGAGUAUUCAAAGAUUGGUUCGAGACAAAUUGAACUUUUCUGAGAAAAAGAAAAACGAUAUGGGAAUCAACCGAAUAGUGGUUGCUCCUCCAAUUGCGGGUAGAAGUCGGGCUAGGACAAUGUCGAUUAAAAAAUCAAAGAAAAAUGUGAUCAAACCGCCGGCAUGUUUGACAAUUGAGCCAUCUGACGAUGAUGAUGAGCAAGAGCAGAAGAAAGCAACGGAAAUGUAUAUCAAUCGAACUGGUAAACGUGGAUCCGUUGCGAUUGCAGUGAACCAUGACGAUAUGUACAUGGAUCCAAGUGAAGAAAUGGAAACAGACCCAAGACAGAAAUCCUCUCGAGAAUUCUCUUCUUCUCGCAACGAAACCGUUCAUGUGCUUAUGCAACGUCCAUUGUCAUGGAAAAAGAAGAUCAUGGAGUUCUACAAAGCUCCAAUCACUACAUACUGGCUUUGGUUCUUCGCGUUCGUUCUCUUUUUAAUUUUGCUCACUUACAACCUGUUGGUUAAAACUCAGAGAAUUGCAAGUUGGUCUGAGUGGUACGUUUUUGCAUAUAUCUUCGUUUGGACACUGGAAAUAGGUCGGAAAGUUGUAUCAACUAUAAUGAUGGAUACCAGUAAACCUGUUCUCAAACAACUACGGGUCUUCUUCUUCCAAUAUCGAAAUGGGCUGUUGGCAUUUGGAUUAAUAACUUAUUUAAUUGCAUAUUUCAUUCGAUUGAGUCCUACUACAAAAACCCUUGGAAGAAUUCUGAUAAUUUGCAACUCUGUGAUAUGGUCUCUCAAAUUGGUUGACUACUUAUCAGUGCUACAAGGAUUGGGUCCCUAUAUCAAUAUUGUUGCAGAAAUGAUCCCAUCAAUGAUACCUCUGUGUGUUCUGGUCUUUAUCACCCUCUAUUCAUUCGGACUACUUCGACAAAGUAUAACAUAUCCUUAUGAAGAUUGGCAUUGGAUUCUCGUCAGAAAUAUCUUCCUUCAACCAUAUUUUAUGCUUUACGGAGAAGUUUAUGCUGCUGAAAUCGAUACAUGUGGAGACGAGAUCUGGCAUACUCAUGAAGAUGAAAAUAUCCCAAUUAGCAUGUUGAAUGUGACUCAUGAGACCUGUGUGCCGGGAUACUGGAUUGCUCCAGUCGGACUUACCGUAUUCAUGUUGGCCACAAAUGUUCUUCUGAUGAAUGUAAUGGUUGCCGGAUGCACAUAUAUUUUUGAGAAGCACAUUGAAUCCACUCGUGAAAUUUUCCUUUUCGAACGAUAUGGACAAGUGAUGGAAUAUGAAUCAACUCCAUGGUUGCCACCUCCAUUCACUAUCAUUUAUCAUAUCAUUUGGGUCUUCAAAUUGAUCAAAUACAGUAGUCGAAUGUUUGAGAGAAAGAAUUUAUUCGAUCAGAGUUUGAGUGAGUUGAAAAAUAAUUCAAAUUCGAAAGUUAAAACUGAAAAGUAUUCAGAAUUAUUCCUUUCUCCGGAUGAAAUGGAAAAAGUGCACACAUUCGAAGAGGAAAGUGUGGAAGAUAUGAAACGAGAAACUGAGAAAAAGAAUUUGAGUUCAAAUGACGAACGGAUUCAUCGAACUGCUGAAAGAACUGAUGCCAUUCUACACAGAGUGGCACAUUUGACACAAAUGGAAUUCAGUUUGAAAGAAGAGUUGAGAGAGUUAGAGCACAAAAUGAAAAAUAUGGAUUCAAGACAUAAGGAGCAAAUGAAUUUAAUGCUUGAAAUGAAUAAGAAACUGAGCAAAUUUGUGACUGGAAAAUACAAGAGAGGAUCAUUUGGAGGAAGUGGAAGUGAUACAGGAGGAGGUGGAUCGACAGAACAUAUUACAGUUGAAAAGAAAAAUAGUUUGCCUAUGAUAACAGUCGACGGUCCAACUCCAAUCAGUUCCAGACGAUCAUCAGGUCAAUAUUUGAAGAGAGAUUCCCUUCAGAUGAAAAAGAGAUCUAUCGAAGCAAAGAUUCCAUCGAUUCAAGUUGAAGCUUCGGAUGGUUUGUCUUUAUUCAUAGAGCACGAAGACGAUGAAGCUGAGUCGGCAGUUGAAUAUGUGGAAUACAGUAUUCCAGUUCCACAAUUUCGAGUUCGUCAUGUUACUGAAAGCGAUAAGUCUGAUCUUUCUGAAGAUGACCUGGUAUCGAGAGAAGUUGAACCACCGACUAACUUGAAUAUGUCUCGCGGACCACGACGCCAUGCGCUGUACUCGACAAUUGCAGAUGCAAUCGAAACUGAAGAUUACUAUUAUGCGGACAGUCCCGUUCCAAUGCCAAUGACUCCAAUUCAACCAGACGAUGGAUCUUACUUUGGAGAGACUGACCCGAAAUUCCCUGGAGCUGAGAGCGAUUAUGAGUAG